CCUCCUUCACGUGAUAGAAAUGAAUGCCUGCCAAGACAUCUCCUGCUGUAUUUUCUACCAUUUGUUUGUGUGCUCCAUCUACAAUCCAGUCUUGUGCAGAUCUGGUAAGACAGUUUGCUGCUUCGUGGUCCACAAGCGCUGUCAUGAGUUUGUCACGUUCUCCUGUCCCGGAGCGGAUAAAGGGCCGGACACAGAUGACCCCCGGAGUAAGCACAAGUUUAAGAUCCACACGUACGGGAGUCCGACCUUCUGCGACCACUGCGGCUCGCUGCUCUAUGGGUUAAUACACCAGGGGAUGAAGUGUGAGACAUGUGAUAUGAAUGUACAUAAAAUAUGUGUCGUCAACGUUCCCAGCCUGUGUGGAAUGGACCACACGGAGAAGAGAGGGAGGAUAUUCCUGAAGGCCGAGGUGAACGGCGACAAGCUGAAUGUCACAGUUCGAGACGCCAAGAACUUGAUCCCUAUGGAUCCCAACGGGUUGUCAGAUCCCUAUGUGAAGCUCAAGCUCAUCCCCGACCCCAAGAAUGAAAGUAAACAGAAAACCAAAACCAUCCGCUCCACCCUGAACCCGCACUGGAACGAGUCCUUCACCUUUAAGUUAAAGCCGUCAGACAAGGACCGGCGCCUGUCCAUAGAGAUCUGGGACUGGGACCGGACCACUAGGAACGACUUCAUGGGGUCCUUUUCGUUUGGGGUCUCUGAGCUGAUGAAGAUGCCGGCUUGCGGGUGGUACAAGCUGCUGAAUCAGGAGGAGGGCGAGUAUUACAACGUGCCCAUCCCGGAAGCCGAUGACGUCAACCAGGAGCUGCGGCAGAAGUUUGAGGGCAAAAGGUCCGGCCAGGAUCAGAAAGCCAAACUAGGACCAGCGGGUAACAAGGUGAUCAGUCCGGCGGAGGAGCGCAGACCGUACGUCCCGUCCAACAACAUCGACAGCGUGCGGCUCACCGACUUCAACUUCCUCAUGGUUCUCGGCAAAGGCAGCUUCGGAAAGGUGAUGUUGGCGGAGAGGAAGGGAUCGGACGAACUCUACGCCGUCAAGAUCCUGAAGAAGGACGUGGUGAUCCAGGAUGAUGACGUGGAGUGCACCAUGGUGGAGAAGCGGGUGCUGGCGCUCUCUGAGAAGCCUCCCUUCCUAACUCAGUUGCACUCCUGCUUCCAGACUGUGGACCGGCUCUACUUUGUCAUGGAGUACGUGAACGGAGGAGACCUGAUGUAUCACAUCCAGCAAGUGGGCAAAUUCAAGGAGCCGCAGGCCGUGUUCUACGCGGCUGAGAUCUCAGUUGGCCUGUUCUUCCUACACAAGAAAGGAAUUGUGUACAGAGACCUGAAGCUGGACAAUGUGAUGCUGGACUCGGAGGGGCACAUAAAGAUCGCAGAUUUCGGGAUGUGUAAAGAGCACAUGGUGGACGGGGUCACAACACGGACGUUCUGCGGCACCCCCGACUACAUUGCGCCAGAGAUUAUCGCCUAUCAGCCGUACGGAAAGUCUGUGGAUUGGUGGGCGUACGGGGUUCUGCUCUACGAGAUGCUGGCGGGUCAGCCCCCGUUUGAUGGCGAGGAUGAGGAUGAGCUCUUCCAGUCGAUCAUGGAACAUAACGUCUCUUAUCCGAAAUCCAUGUCGAAGGAGGCCGUGUCCAUAUGUAAAGGGCUGAUGACGAAACACCCGGUGAAGCGUCUGGGGUGCGGUCCGGAGGGCGAGAGAGACAUUAGAGAGCACGCCUUCUUCAGGAGGAUCGACUGGGAGAAGCUGGAAAACAGGGAGAUACAGCCACCAUUCAAGCCAAAGGUGUGCGGCAAAGGAGCCGAAAACUUCGACAAGUUCUUCACGAGAGGCCAGCCCGUCCUGACGCCCCCCGACCAGCUGGUCAUCGCCAACAUCGACCAGGCCGACUUCGAGGGCUUCUCCUACAUCAACCCGCUCUUUGUACACCCCAGCCUCCUGAGCGUGGCGUGACCCCACGGACUGCCAGACGCUCCGGAGGAAACGCGCUAGCCCUGCCAUUUAGGAGGUUGCCAUGUACAAAAAAGUGUAAACUAAAAAAUAAUAAUUUCUGAAAAUUUUAGGGUUAAAAACAGAAAAAAAAAAUACUGAAUGUCAUAUUCUAGAGAAUGCUGCGCGUCCGACCGGCGCGGGGAGCGCAGAGAAGCACUGGACUUGUCCGUCAUCAGGAAGGAAAAGGCUAAGCGUUGCGCUCACGACCUCUUCCUGUUAUCCCCGCGGCGCCGCAGAGACGGUACGAACGAUGCGAUCAGUACGAUACUUUACUACAGGCCAAAUGAUCUGCCGCCAUUCGGGGGGGGGGGGCAAAUAACGACCCCCCCCCAAAAAAUAAAAUAAAUAAAUCAUGUCAAAUAAUAAUCCAGGGUCUCGGGGCGCGCCGCUGUCAAACAUGGCGGCCGGCGCGACUGAUUUACUACAUGAAGGUACUGUGCGGCAAAGUCGUAUUAAUUAAAAUUGAAAUAGAGAUGUUUUUGCAUUUUUGGGGUAAUUUUUCGUAAUUUUUUUUGCAGGGGGGCGAUUUGAUUUUUUCCGCAUGUUUUUAGCAGAUUUUCUCUCUCCUGAUCUUCGUGACCCCAAAAUUUUUAUAUAUUUGGAAAAAAAAAUCUCUGUUUCCUUCCGAUCUUCCUGUGAUUUAGUUUACGUUUUUUGUUAUUUUUUUUUUGCUUAUUUUUAUGUUUGUGUAGUUUUUUUAUGUGUUUUUCAGAAUAAUUUUUUCAGAACUUUUUGACUCCUUGUUUCUACGGCAACGUCUUCUUGACAUCGCGCUCGGUGCCCGGAACGUUCUAGAAGGUUCUUCUAUAUUUCUAUACCGGUCAUUUCACUUUCUCCGCCAUUUUUUUUUUCUUUUUUCUGCUGUUUUGCGCGGUUGCAUGUUGGCGAGGGCGGUGCAUGCGGAGGGGCGGUGCAUGCAGGAGCGGCGGCUUUGCAUGAAGGAAUCUGCCAUAAUCAUAAGAUUUUCUGCUCAAAUUUCUUUUUUUGAACUUGCAGUAAAAAAAAAAAUAUGAGAUUUUGAGAAAAUUCUGAGAUUUGUGCCAAAAUUAGAUUCCACCCAGUUUUUUGGCUCCACCCCCUUAAAAACGGAUUUGUUGCAUCACAUAAUGCCAAAUAAUAAAACAUGAUGAUGUCAUCACUCUGUCCAUAGAUCAAAUAAUAAAACAUGAUGAUGUCAUCACUCUGUCCAUAGAUCAGAGACGGUUCGGCUGCUGUGGAACUACAACUCUCAGCAUGGCCUUCUCUGGGGAAAUUUACAGUUCAGCCAUGAGCAAAUUCCACAGAUUCUAAUGGUUUAAGGCAGGGAUGACUUUACUGCGCUGCUGGGGAACUACAAGCCCCAGCAAUGCCGUCAGCUGAGUGAGUGACCCCUCCUCCCCCUGUAUAGGUGGUGGUCUAGGCCUGCACCACACUUUUCUCCCCCUUUGGGUUCGUAGCUGUAAGAGUUCCCCUUUAGGAGCGUACACUGACGAGCUCUGCUAUACUGCCCCUCCAGGCCGCACAGGAAAUCAUGUGGAGGAGGGGCAGGGAUUAUGAUGAUGUAGUAUAUGGGGGAGGGGGGGCUGCAGUCGAAUAACUGCCCCCAUCAUCCACUCUCAUACGCCCUGCACUUAAAUACUAACCUUAGAGCUCGUAGUAAUGUCACUGAAUGUAGACGCCGGCAUCCGUGUAAUUUCACUGUGUGGAAACUGUCAGUAUAUGCUGCUCUUGACGGAUCUUAUCCAGCUUAUUGAUUGUGUCAAUGCCCAAGGGCAGCCUGCUUAUCACACGGGCAUCCGAAUCGCACAAUUACUGCAUGACGUCUGAUAUAUCUGCAGUGGGUAUCGACGGGUUAAAGAGCAGGGCCACAGGGGGAGUAUUAGAAUGUAAAUGGUGCCACAGGGGAGUAUUCUAGUAUAAAUGGUGCCAUGAGGGAGUAUUAUAGAGUACGUGGUGCCCGGGGGAGUAUUAGAAUGUAAAUGGUGCCACGGGGGAGUAUUCUAGUAUAAAUGAUGCCAUGAGGGAGUAUUAUAGAGUACAUGGUGCCCGGGGGAGUAUUAUAGUGUAAAUUGUGCCACAGGGGAGUAGUCUAGUGUAAAUAGUGCCACGGGGGAGUAUUCUAGUGUAAAUGGUGCCACGGGGGAGUAUUCUAGUAUAAAUGGUGCCAUGAGGGAGUAUUAUAGAGUACGUGGUGCCCGGGGGAGUAUUAGAAUGUAAAUGGUGCCACGGGGGAGUAUUCUAGUAUAAAUGAUGCCAUGAGGGAGUAUUAUAGAGUACAUGGUGCCCGGGGGAGUAUUAUAGUGUAAAUUGUGCCACAGGGGAGUAGUCUAGUGUAAAUAGUGCCACGGGGGAGUAUUCUAGUGUAAAUGGUGCCACGGGGGAGUAUUCUAGUAUAAAUGGUGCCACAGGGGAGUAUUAUAGUGUAAAUUGUGCCACGGGGGAGUAUUCUAGUGUAAAUAGUGCCACGGGGGAGUAUUCUAGUAUAAAUGGUGCCACGGGGGAGUAUUCUAGUAUAAAUGGUGCCACAGGGGAGUAUUAUAGUGUAAAUUGUGCCACAGGGGAGUAUUCUAGUGUAAAUAGUGCCACGGGGGAGUAUUCUAGUGUAAAUAGUGCCACGGGGGAGUAUUCUAGUAUAAAUGGUGCCACGGGGAGUAUUCUAGUGUAAAUGGUGCCAUGGGGGAUAUUCUAGUGUAAAUGGUGACACGGGGGAGUAUUCUAGUAUAAAUGGUGCCACAGGGGAGUAUUAUAGUAUAAAUGGUGCCACAGGGGAGUAUUAUAGUGUAAAUGGUGACACGGGGGAGUAUUCUAGUAUAAAUGGUGCCACAGGGGAGUAUUAUAGUGUAAAUAGUGCCACGGGGGAGUAUUCUAGUGUAAAUGGUGCCACGGGGGAGUAUUCUAGUAUAAAUGGUGCCACAGGGGAGUAUUAUAGUGUAAAUAGUGCCACGGGGGAGUAUUCUAGUAUAAAUGGUGCCACGGGGGAGUUUUCUAGUAUAAAUGGUGCCACAGGGGAGUAUUAUAGUGUAAAUAGUGCCACGGGGGAGUAUUCUAGUAUAAAUGGUGCCACGGGGGAGUAUUCUAGUAUAAAUGGUGCCACAGGGGAGUAUUAUAGUGUAAAUUGUGCCACAGGGGAGUAUUCUAGUGUAAAUAGUGCCACGGGGGAGUAUUCUAGUGUAAAUAGUGCCACGGGGGAGUAUUCUAGUGUAAAUAGUGCCACGGGGGAGUAUUCUAGUGUAAAUAGUGCCACGGGGGAGUAUUCUAGUAUAAAUGGUGCCACGGGGAGUAUUCUAGUGUAAAUGGUGCCAUGGGGGAUAUUCUAGUGUAAAUGGUGACACGGGGGAAUAUUCUAGUGUAAAUGGUUCCACGGGGAGUAUUCUAGUGUAAAUGGUUCCACGGGGGAGUAUUCUAGUGUAAAUGGUGACACGGGGGAAUAUUCUAGUGUAAAUGGUUCCACGGGGGAGUAUUCUAGUGUAAAUGGUGCCACGAGCGAGUAUUAGAGUGUAAAUAGUGCGACGAGGGAGUAUAAUAAUACGAUGGAUCCACAGUGGGAGUAUUAUAGUGUAACUGGGCUGCAGGUAGUAUUAUAGUGUUAAUACCGCCACAUCUCGUUCACAGCAGGACACCAUUAUACACUAUAGAGGCCUAAGAGAAGAUGAGAUCUGUCAACAGCAGCUUGUUUGUGGUUUCCAGCACCAGUAACUAAGAUGCUUGAGUUUACAUGGGAGGGUUUUUUUAUUUCAUUUUUUUACAUUUUUAACUCUAGCAUAGAGAUUGGGUGCAGGGGGUCUGUCAGCACCCGCAGGGGCCACACACCCGACCCCACCCCACCCCCAUCCUGCUCAUCUUAAUCUGAAUGAUGCUUUACUGUGAAUCUCUGGCUCAGAUUGCGGAGUCGAGGUGUCGCCCCCUGGUGUCCGCUGUGUAGAUGAAUCCGCUGCUUUCUAGGCACAAGGGACAUUUGUGGGGACCUGGGUGUAGCCAGUGACGUCAGCUCUAUUAGCGUACAUGGGGCGGUGCCUGUAUCAUGUGGACAGUGAGGCGGACUGUUGCCCGGUGGGGGGGUAUAGUUAUUAAUCACGCCCCCAUUACAUUAGCUUCCAAUACAUGUAACCCAAGCAAUGUCUUUUCAAUAAACUCCUCUUGUUGGUA